GCUUAAUGUCAACCAUCUGAACCACCAUAAUGUUCCUCUGUUCAUUUUCAGGAAAUUAAAAUCCUUUUUUUAUAUCUAUUUCUUGAUUGUCACCAUGAACGAUCUAAUCUCAAGCUCAUUCAAGAGAUACACAGACUUGAACCAUCAAGUCCAACUCGAUGACAUCGAAUCUCAAAAUGCUUCUCUCGACUCAGGCAACCUCGAUGAGUUCUUCGGAUACGUUGAGAGUGUUAAAGAAGACAUGAAAGCUGUCGAUGAGAUUCAUAAGCGUCUCCAAGACGCUAACGAAGAGUCCAAGACCGUACACGACUCCAAGGCCGUUAAAAAGCUUCGUGCUCGUAUGGAUUCGAGUGUUACAGAGGUCUUGAAACGUGUCAAGAUGAUAAAGUCAAAGCUUGUGGCUUUGGAGAAAUCAAAUGCUGCGCAGAGGAAAGUCUCUGGCUGUGGUCCUGGAUCUUCUGCUGAUCGGACCAGAACAUCGGUGGUUAGUGGGUUGGGGAAGAAGCUCAAAGACAUGAUGGAUGAUUUUCAGAGACUACGAUCCAAAAUGGCUUCUGAGUAUAAAGAAACAGUCGAGAGACGAUACUUCACUGUAACGGGGCAGAAAGCAGAUGAAGAGACGGUGGAGAAGCUAAUAUCGAGCGGAGAGAGCGAACGAUUUCUCCAAAAAGCCAUACAAGAGCAAGGCCGUGGACAGAUUAUGGACACAUUAUCAGAAAUUCAAGAACGACACGACACAGUUAAGGAGAUAGAACGGAGUCUGUUAGAGCUGCACCAAGUGUUCCUCGACAUGGCUGCUCUUGUGGAAGCUCAAGGGAAUAUGCUCAAUGACAUCGAAUCAAAUGUCUCAAAGGCGAGCUCUUUCGUCAUGAGAGGGACUGAUCAGUUGCAUGGGGCUAAAGAACUUCAGAAGAACUCAAGGAAAUGGACUUGUAUCGCCAUUAUUCUCGCUAUCAUACUUGUUAUUGUGAUUCUUUUCCCGAUCCUCUUUACAACUGUACUUAAACCUUGAAUUUCAAAAGGAAACAUAUUGUUUUCUUCAAACUCUU